AUGCGGGACUCAAAGGGAGCACAGCAGAUAGUGAAUGCUGCAGGAAAGCCCCCUUCAAGGCCUCCCCACAAGCUGCUGGACGGCAUUUCCUUCUUGGAAUUGAGCAAAGACCUGUCAGCAGAAGAGGAAAACCUCCGCCUCCAUGUUCGCAAUGUCUGCGAAACUCUGGUGGCCCCAAUAGCCGCUCAGGUGUGGGCGGGCGGCUCCUUUGACUGCCGCUUCGUGCAGGCUUGCAAAGCUAUCGGGCCAGCAGGGCUGCAAAUAAAAGAAUUCGGGCUGAGCAAUGUGGAGGCUUUGUUGGUGGUGAUGGAGAUUGCUCGAAUCGACGCCUCUCUUGCCACGUUUGCACUUGUGCAUUCGGGGCUGGCGAUGCGUUCAAUUGCUAUGGCCCGCUGGGAAAAGAUCGGUUGUUUUGCGCUAACAGAGGCUUUUAACGGCAGUGACGCGGGAGGCUUGACGACCCGAGCAAAGAGCGUUGAAGGAGGAUUUGUUUUGAAUGGAAAUAAAAGAUGGAUUGGAAAUGCAACGCGAUGCGAUCUUGCGGUUGUCUGGGCAAGAGAUGAAGACACCCGAAGAGUGGAAGGUUUUCUUGUCGUAAUUGUUCAUGCAUAA